GGAGAGAGACUGACUUCCGAGCCUUAUGCAGAAGAAGCUGAUUUAAAGCGCGUAACGUAGCACGUAAGACUGACGAGUCAGCAGCACAGUACCGCCACUACUAAAGACUAUGUUUUCUGUUUUCACAGAUUUCCUGCUUCCCUCCCAGCCAGAGACAGUUUGUCAGCGAAUCCAGUGCAGACGCACCUUCAUUGCACAAACUCAUGACAUGUAGAGCAUAGAUCAGGGUGGUCUCAUUUCUCUGAAAGUGAAACUUAAACCGUCUCUGAGAGGAAAAAUGGCACAGGAAGGAGUCCAGCUGGACCGAAAAAAUUUCUCCUGUUCAGUUUGUCUGGAUCUACUGAAGGAUCCGGUGAUGAUUCCCUGUGGACACAGCUACUGCCCGAAGUGUAUCAAAAACUUCUGGGAUGAAAAGAAGAAGAAAGGCGUCUACAGCUGUCCUCAGUGCAGGCAGACCUUCACACCAAGGCCUGUCCUGGUGAAAAACAUCAUGUUGGCAGGAUUAACUGAGCAGCUGAAGCUAACUACACUCGGAGAUUCUCUUACUGAACAGAAUUAUGCUGGACCUGAAGAUGUGGCCUGUGACAUGUGCACAGGAAGGAAACUAAAAGCUGUAAAGUCGUGUUUGAUGUGUUUGGUGUCUUAUUGUGAGAAACACUUGCAGCCUCAUUAUGACAUGGUUCGGCUAAAGAAGCACCAGCUGGUGCAGCCCUCCAAGCAGCUCUAUGACAACAUCUGCUCCCAUCACGAUGAGGUGAUGAAGAUGUUCUGCCGCACCGACCAGCAGACCAUCUGUUACGUCUGCAUGGUGGAUGAACAUAAAGGUCACGACGUUGUUUCGGCUGCAGCAGAGAGGAAGGAGAAGCAGAAAGAUCUGGAGGUGAAGAGAGGAGAAGUCCAACAGACAAUCCAAGAUGGCGAGAGAGACAUGAAGCUCCUUCAGCAGGAAGUGGAUGCCAUUAACGACUGUGCUGAUAAAGCAGUGGAGAACAACGACAGUAUUUUCUCUGAGGUGAUGCGUCUCAUUGAGAGAAGAAGCUGUGAGGUGAAGCAGCAGAUCAGAUCCCAGCAGGAAUCUGAGGUGAGUCGAGUCAGAAAUCUUCAGGAGAAGCUGGAGCAGGAGAUCUCUGAGCUGAAAAGGAAAGACUCUGAGCUGGAGCAGCUCUCACACACAGAGGACCACAACCAGUUUCUGCAGAAAUACCCCUCACUGUCUGCUUUUAGUGAAACCAAACACUCAUACAGCAUCAAUGUUUGUCCUCCGAGGUACUUUGAAGAUGUGACAGCAGCCUUGUCAAAGCUGAGAGAUGAAUUGCAGGACAUCCUGAAGGAGAAAUGGACAAACAUCUCAUUGAAAGUCACUGAGGUGGAUUUUCUACUGUCAGAACCAAGGACCAGAGAUGACUUCCUACAAUAUUCACAGGAAAUCACCUUGGAUCCAAACACAGCUCAGAUGAAUCUCCUACUGUCUGAGGGGAACAGGAAGGUGACCCUUGUGAAGCAAAGUCAGUUAUUUCCCGAUCACCCAGAGCGGUUGUCAGUUAAGUUUCAGAUCCUGAGUAAACAGAGUUUGUCUCAGCGAUGUUACUGGGAGGUGCAGUGGGGAGGACAAGGAGGACAAGGAAGUUAUGUGGCAGUCGCAUACAGGGAUGUCUAUAAAACAAACAGUGUGUUUGGACAAAAUGACAAGUCCUGGUCUUUAUUUUGUUGUCCAAACAAUCAUCAAUUUUGGUACAACAGCAUCCGAACUCCCAUCCCUGGUUCUGAAUUCUCCAGAAUCGGACUUUACCUGGACCAGCCAGCUGGUACUCUGUCGUUCUACAACAUCUCAGAGAACAUGACUCUGAUCCACAGGGUCCAGACCAGCUUCACUCAGCCGCUCUACGCUGGAAUACAACUCUGGUUCAGCAUCGGAGACACAGCCGAGAUCUGUAAACUGAAAUAAUUAUAACUGUAUAAGAAAUUAAUUUAAUGAAGUUAAUCGUUUUGGGGUUUUUUUUUUGUUUGUUUUUGUUUUGCUCUUCUUUGCAUUAAUUUUUCUUUAAAUACCUGCUCAUAAAGGUUUGAAAUUUC